CAGAAAAAUCAGGAAAAUUUCUAAACUUCUGUCGAAUGUCGUCCGAAGAUUUUGAAAUUAUUCUUACAAAAAUUGGACCGAAAAUAAGAAAACAAGAUACUAACAUGAGGAAGGCAAUAACAAUUCAAGAGCGUUUAGCAGUCACUCUUCGAUUUCUGGCUACAGGUGAUAGCUUUGUAAGCUUGGAAUAUCUAUUUAAGAUAUCACAUCAAUCAAUAAGCCUUAUCGUACCGGAAGUUUGCCUAGCUAUUAUUGAUGCGCUGAAAGAUGAAAUAAAACUACCUAAAUCACAGGAGGAAUGGAAAACAAUAGCAAAUGGGUUUCAACGUCAUUGGGAUUUCCCACAUUGCGUUGGAGCAGUUGAUGGAAAGCAUGUACUAUUGCAAGCUCCAUUUAAUAGUGAAUCUAUGUUCUUCAACUACAAGAAGUCAUUCAGCAUUAUACUCAUGGCAUUUGUUAACUCGGAAUAUUGUUUUACAUUUGUUGAUGUUGGCGCGCAAGGAAGAAUGAACGAUUCAGGUGUGUAUGCUAACACGAGUAUUUAUCGUAAAAUAAUUCGUAACGAACUUCUGCUUCCACCACCCGAGCCCUUAUUACAACGACACAAGGAGAUGCCAUAUGUUUUUAUAGGUGACGAUGCGUUUCCUAUGAGUAGUACUCUUCUGAAACCUUACAGAGGAAAUCAUCCUAAAGGAAGUUUAGAACGGAUUUUCAAUUACCGUUUGUGUCGCGCACGUAGAGUUGUGGAAAAUGUGUUUGGUAUUUUAGCAUCAGUUUUCCGAGUAUUCAGAUCACCUAUGUUACUACAACCUGAUAAAGCUACUUUAAUAUGUAUGACAUGCUGUUUACUUCAUAAUUUUCUACGAAGAAGCGCAACAUCAAGAAAAAACUAUACCCCACCUGGUACUUUCGAUUAUGAAGAGGAUGGUGAAUUGAUUCCCGGAACAUGGCGCAAUGAUCUACAAGGGAUGGCAUCUUUCAAUUCACUGAUUAACAAACCUAGAAAACCCUCCGAGGAAGCAAAGGAUAUUCGGCGAGAGUUUGGAGAAUACUGUAUGACAAGUGGAGCAGUAGAAUGGCAAAAUUAUAUUGAUUAGUGGUUUAUAAUUAUUUUUGUUUGGUUAACUUUGUAUUUAAAUAAUAGAUUAUAAAUUAAAAUAUAAAUAAAUAAAUAAAAUUACCUCCGAAUUCAGAGAAGAUAUCUUCGUAUUU